AUGGCGGCUGCCGCGAUCCUGCGCCGGAGGGCGCUCCCGUCGUCGUGCCGCCAUGAUGUUUACAUUCGCUGCCUUCUCUCCUAUUCUGAUCUACAUUCCUCGGUGAACUCUGCCAAUUUGAGAUUUUGGAGGGGCUGCCACAGCUCUGGGAAGAUUGAUUUGACUGAUAUGACCCAUCCUCAUUUGUGGUACCCAAAUGCCCGAGAAAAGAAGCGUAAGGUAUUUUUACAUGUUGGUCCUACAAACAGUGGGAAAACACAUAAUGCUCUCAAGCGAUUAGAAGCAAGCUCUUCAGGCGUGUACUGUGGACCUCUAAGAUUGUUAGCGCGGGAGGUAGCAAAAAGAUUGAACGAAGCUAGUGUCCCUUGUAACUUGACGACUGGACAAGAAAGGGAAGAAAUUGAAGGUGCAAAGCAUAACUCAGUGACCGUUGAGAUGGCUGAUGUGACAACUGAGUAUCAGUGCGCUGUUAUUGAUGAAAUUCAGAUGGUUGGCUGUAGAACAAGGGGUUUUUCAUUCACACGUGCACUUCUGGGGCUUUGUUCAGAUGAGCUUCAUGUUUGUGGUGACCCAGCUGCCGUUCCUAUUAUUCAGCGAUUGCUUGAAGCUACUGGUGAUGUGGUUACGGUUCAGUAUUAUGAGCGACUAUCUCCUUUAGUUCCUCUGAAGACUACACUUGGAUCUUUCUCUAACAUCAAGGAAGGGGAUUGCAUGGUAACGUUCUCACGGCGUGAGAUAUAUAAGCUUAAGAAAAAAGUUGAAAUGGCGGGAAAGCAUCUUUGUUCUGUAGUCUAUGGCUCUUUGCCGCCAGAAACUCGAACGAAACAGGCGACAAUGUUCAAUGAUGAAUCCAGUCACCUUAAUGUGCUAGUCGCUAGCGAUGCUAUUGGAAUGGGUCUUAAUCUGAACAUUUCUAGAAUUAUUUUCUCUACACUGAAGAAGUUUGAUGGUGUCUGCACCAGGGAACUGACUGUGCCUGAGAUCAAACAGAUUGCUGGCAGAGCUGGGAGAUAUGGGUCUAAAUUCCCAGUUGGCGAAGUUACGUGUCUAGAUGCUGAAGAUCUCCCAUUACUACAUUCAUCUCUGAAGUCACCUUCCCCCAUUAUAGAGCGUGCUGGACUUUUUCCCACAUUCGAUUUAUUGUCUGUGUAUUCACGAUUGCAGGGAACCGUCUUUUUGCACCCUAUAUUGGAACGUUUCUUGGAAAAGGCUAAACUGUCUCCAGAUUAUUUUAUUGCUGAUUGUGAAGACAUGCUGAAAGUUGCUGUUGUUGUUGAUGAGUUGCCUCUUGGGUUGUACGAUAAAUACCUCUUUUGUCAAAGUCCGGUAGAUGUGAAUGAUGAUAUAUCUACUCAAGGAUUAACUCAGUUUGCAGAAAACUAUGCAAAGAAAGGCAUUGUUCGACUUAAAGAAAUAUUUACACCUGGAACACUGCGGGUGCCUAAAACACACAAUCAACUCAAGGAGCUUGAAUCAGUUCACAAGGUCCUAGAGUUGUAUGUGUGGUUAAGCUACAGAUUUGAUGACUCUUUCCCAGAUCGUGAACUGGCGGACUCCCAAAAGUCAAUCUGCAGCAUGUUGAUAGAAGAAUAUCUUGAGAGGUCAGGAUGGCAGCAAUCAGGGCAAAGAAGGGCUUUGCCUCGUCUACGGAAAUUAAGCCAAGAAUAUGAUGCACCACAAUUGAGCAAGUAUUUUCCAGAAAUUGAUGCAAGAUCAAAAUAGAGGCUGGUACAACAAAAGGCGCAUCACCACAUUCAGUCAAUGUUUUGAGCAAACCUCCAGAGCAUGCAUCUGGCCCUUCCUAUUGGAUACAUGAUAAAUGACAAGCAGUGAUAAUAACACUUCUGGGUGGCAGAGGAUCUGUUUGGGCUCACAUUUCACCGUGGUCAUUGAAGUUCACCUGAAGCUUUCACCGUGGUCAUUGAAGUUUACCUGAAUUACUUAGUGUGGCAGCACAUAACAUCUUCCAUCCAUCAGAUUUUGUAAUUAUUCUUUCAGUAGCACCUCAUGUACCUAAUACGAAUGGAACUGUACAUUGCAAGGCUAAGCCUUUCCCAAGCAAGUUGGAACUGUACAUUACAAAGUAAAAAAAAAAAGAUG